AUGUUGACUCGUGCAAUCCAAAUGGCUAAGGCCUGCGCGGUUGCCGGGAGGCCCGCCAUCCUUGAACGAAUCACUCAGUGGGAAGGUGUGGUCAAUACCCUGAAGGGAGCCAUCGCGGUGGCGACCUGGGACGACCCCCAAGUGCUUCUACGAGAGAUGGAGGGCUGCCGACUCCCUUUGGCGAACAUCGUCGAGCCUAUGCUUGGUGGUGGCAACGCGGAGGGGGCGUACGACACGUUGGCUGAGGUCUUCAAGAAUACCCCCGAUGGCUUUUUGGCAAUGUGCCCUUACCCGCCGGGAGGCGAGGCCAUCGAUGACAUCGAGUCCACCAAUCGUGCCCACGGUCGCCCGGUCACGGCCAACUGGUGUGAGCGGCAAAAGGCCAGAGUUGAACGGUCUGUGAAUGAAUUGGGCCAGCUCAAACGUGAUGAACCCCGAAUCCUGGACAUCGUGGUUGUGGGGAACGCCGAUGCGGACAUCUUCGCACUUCCGGCGGCCUACAACGAGACCAUGCGUGUCCACAUCAAAGCACUGCGCGAGGACCAUGAUAUCCAAACCCUCGACACAACCCUGAUGCUUGCUCGAACUGUGAGGUACGACAAGAUUCAUCUUGAAGAUGACGCCAUCAAUCGGAAGUAUGUCACCAACUUCCUCCAAGCCGUCGCUGAUUGCCACCUCUCCUACCUCAAGCUCAUCAGCGUCGACGAUCAUUUGAGGACCCUUCCGAGAAUCGAGGACCUCCAGGAGCAGAAGAACUACCCGAACCUCACCAUCCUGAAGGCCGCGUACCAGCUUGAAAUCGAUUCGAAUGUCUCCUCACCACAAGAUCUUCCUCAACGGCCUGACCCUGAGAAGAUCAUGCUUGAUGCAGACAUCGAGAUCUUCAACUGGGUGCCCGGGGAGGUCGAGUCCUGGAUGAGAGACAUUCCUGAAGAAGACCAGGCAUUGGAACCAAUGCAUCACGACAACGCUGAUUCAGACGAUGAGGCUGUCAAGGUCCAGGCUCUCACCAUGGAAGACCGAAUUCAGGCAAGGCGACAAGGCCUCUCCGAAGAGCAUGAUCAAGAGUGGCAAGAUGCUACCUAUGCGGCCGAGGAUGAAGAGGAGGAGUUCAAGGGCUGGGACCUCAUCGAGGAUGACAAACGCCCGCCGGGAGUCGUGGCCAGUGAUCCAGUUCAUGAAGAAGAGAAGGAUCUUGACCUUGACGACCUCGAGACAAUUGCAUUGCUGGAGGUUGUUGAGGAAGAGGAGUUCCACGACGUCGAAGAGGGACAGGUCGAGGCAAUUGACGAUGAUGACGAUGAUGACAUGGCCGUGAUCAACAAGGUCUCUUCUAUGCAGGCCGAGAAGUCUGAUGCACGGGGGGACCCGGAGCCCAUGGAGGUUGAUGAUCAGGGCAACAAGAUGGUCCAGAGCUCAUCAUCGGCAAAGACGUGGAAGACCGAAAUGGCCCAGAGCACAUCAUCGGCAAAGACAUGGCGAACUGACACCACAGCAGCAGCGUCGGCGGGAGCCACGCCUCCUGACCCGGCCACCAAGCUCAAGCCGAAGUCCAAAGCGGCGAAGAAGGCCAUGCCCAAAAGAUUGAAGGUUGUCGAUGAGGGACAUGGCCCAAGCACUGAGCAGUUCGACACGUCAAAGUUUGCCUCAGCGCAGGAUCUGGUGUGGAUUGAGCCGGACAACAUGGCAGGAGUUCCUGGGCGGAAGGUGGGCUACGGGAGGCUUAGCUCGAUUUCCCAAGCUAUGUCCGACUACCUCCGUGGCCACCGCUUGUUUCACAGUAGGCCUUCACCAGAGAUUCGGAGGACUGAUUUGUCUAUGGACUUCAAGGCGUUGGUGAGACAUCUCCAAGGAGAUUUUGCGCAUCUCCGAGAAGAAGAAGUUUUGAUGGUUGUGCGCAACUCACCGAUGCGCCGCUUCAGAGUCCAGGUGAAUGGCAUGUCGUCCGGAAAGCUCAGGUGGACGCCAGUGAGGAUCAGGGCCAUUCAGGGCCAUCGGGCCUUUCUCGUGGAGCAAGGGGGGAUGUCGACCAUGAUCAAAACGAUGUUCACAUUCGAUGAGAACUUUGACGAGACCAAGGUUGACGACCCAUCGGUUCACCCCGCCUUCUCCGCGAUGCCGGAAGGCUCGCCUGUGUGGCACAAGUUCCCCAGAGUGGUGUAUCACACCUGUGAUCAAGCUGCCUUCAACUCCAUCAUCAAGUUUGGCCUCAUCCCUGGCGGCUUCCCAUACAAAACCGGCAGAGCCCACAACUUUUUCAACUCAACACCGCCCUGGAAAGCGGAAAUGAAAAAGUUGCAAGGCACGCGGGCCGGGAGGCCAAUCGCCAUCGCGUUUGACAUGGAGCUCAUGAUGCAAAUGGGCUACAAGCUCUUCGCAACUGAUGAGGCCAUCCUCUCGCCAGAUUGGAUCUCGAACCUCCCCAUGAUCAACGCAUUUGAUACGAGAUCCGGCGAAUUCUUUUACAUCAACCGAGCCUACGUCAACCACAGGAAAGCCUAUCAAGAGGUCCUGAAACAGGCGAAGGCCGAGUUUGAUCCCAAUGACAUCCUCCUCAGCCGCAUGGACAUGCUGAUGGAGAAUGCUCAGGUGAACUUUGAAGGCAUCAAGCAGCGCAUUGAGUUCGGCAAGCUCCUCCCCUUUUCCAGGCGAGAAGACAUCGAGGUGGAGAAAAGCACCGCCACCCGGGAGGGUGAGCCGGCAUCAGGUUCACAGCUGGUGCCCGGUUACACCGUUGCAAAGAUGGCCGCCAUGACGAGCACAGAUGCGUGUGGAUUUCAGCGUCGUGGACGGAACGGCCCCGCUGGUGGAAACUGGAGCCAAGGCCAGGGCCGACAUGGAUUUGAGUUGCAAUUCAAGGACAUCUCCUACAACCAGAUCCAGGACUCGCCUCAGGUGCGUUGCAGGCACCCGAUAUGCGGAUACCUCAUGAUGGACGGGCAUUUGAAAUGUCCGCGGUGUUUCAGGCAAAUGGAACCCGUGACAGAUGCCAACAUCGCCACUGAGGUUGCCCGCCGGGAGGCGAUGGCCCGCUCCAGAGGAGUGCCCUUCUCCAUGGACAAAGUGAUUUUCAAUCACCCUCGAAGAGGCAGAGUCGCCAGGCAGCCAGAGAAGGGAUCUUCAUCUUCUCCGACCGCCGUCCGGACCAGAAGCACCUAUGGCAACUUGAGAGAUAUGGCCCGCAACUAUGUCAGAUCUUUCAAGAAAAGGGGCUUCAAAGACCUUGUUGACAGACUCGUCCGCGACCCGUUCUUUCAGUUCAAUGCGGCGAAUCAAAACUUGGUGCCGGAGGCAUUGCUCUUCAUUGAGCGUCUGGCUGGCUGUGUGAGCCCGACCAUUGAGCGCACCAAGGCGCAGGUCCUUGGAGAAAAGCUGGAGAUGGCCACCAAAUUGAUCUUCGUGCCAUCGUCGGAGCGGGAGCCCGACCAACCCUUGGAUCUUCAUACCGAGGUGUUUGUGUCACAUCGGGGCGUCUUCCUCGACAUUGGCCAAUUCGCAGUCUACGUGGCGAAGUUCAUCAAGCCGAAGCAAAGACCCCUACCCAUUGUUUAUGGCUGGGGCAACCGUGACUUCGUGCCAGAUGCAGCCGAUGCCAAAGAGAUUGCAAAGGAAUUGGUGGAGUUCAGCAAGCUGCAGUGGUCGAACUUUGCCUCCCAACAGACGCACAAAGAGUCUGAGACCACAGGCGACGACCGGGAGGUCAGUCUACCCCAUGCGACUGGAACCGUUAGUCGACCUGAACAUGAACGACCCCAUCACGAGCAGUUCGAGCCAAACCUUGGGAAGCCUGCUCGCGCAGGUCCUUACGGUCAAGGCCAGGGUGGAAAAGGCCACUACAAAGGUGGAGGACAAACAAAGGGGAAGGGACAGCAGAAGGGAAAGGGCAAGCAAGGCAGAAGCCCACUGGGAGGUGUGGCCUAUGGUGACUACGAAGGAGAUUCCUACUGGGUUCAAGGCUACCGCUACACAUGGUACUGGAACCAACAGCGUGGCUGGUAUUGGCGCUGGACCUGA